AUGAAUCCAGUUGUAAGUUGUAAUCAUCAUGUGGCGCAAUUGAUGGAAGAUGGGUGUAGAGCGAAACUGAUUUCAGGCAUCAUUGGGAACCCUGAAUAUUACCCCUCUAAUGAGUUUGCAUCGUACGUCCAGGGCUCAGCAAAAGAAAAUAUUCCGGCAUGCAUGCUCACUUCACACGCCAAUGAUAAUCAACGAAAUGGGAGCGGGAAUGUACCCACCUACGUAUCUCUGGUGCAAAAUCUACGAUGGAGUCCGUAUGUCGAUAUGUCCUCAGCAAAUAAUUCACAAACUAAUAUCACGGAGGAUAAGCGAGUCUUUAAAUGUAAAUGUGACAAUUGUGUUGAAAAAAUGUGCCCUUCCAGAGCAUCAUUAUCGAAUACAAAAAAUAGAAUUUUCAAAGACAAUAUCAUGACGUUUUCAGACCAGUAUACGAUGACCCCGAGACUGAAUGACGUCUGCUGUGAAGUUUGCAUGCCUGUUAUGGCGACGCCAAAAUCAUCUAAGGUUUACGUCGCAAUUAAAAGCACUGAAUGUGAGGGAUACAAACCUACAGGGGUUUCUCAAAAUUGCACUCCCAUACCUAUACUAAAAAAGUCAAAUUGUAAAGUUCCGAGUCGCCCAUCAGGUUACUGUGGCCCCACUACUGGCCACGUACCAGCUGGGGUUCGUCAAGAGGCAGUAAGAGAUACGGAUGUGACAGCAGAAGAAGACUACUGCGAGCCUAUCAAACAGAAAUCUUAUAAAUCAUUCUUCAAGAACAAGAAGAAAACGUCGUUCGAGAAUGAUAACCCUAUCAAUGAUAGUGGAAGGAAAAAUAUCUACAACGAGGGUAUAAGUGAUGACGUGGCAAGUUUUGUGCCACCAGUGAUCUUACCUACGCUGAUACCCGUUCAACGAGAUGUCGGCAAAAUUACAGUAAGGAAUGAAUGCAAUGAUGGCAUCCCUUAUAGUCAUAACAGUGAAUCGAAAUAUCAUUACCAUUGUAAGAAGUCAGAUUUAAAUUCUCAUUAUUACACUUCCGAUUUCGAUAACGUGCAAUAUAGUGUUGAAUGCCCAAUGACUGGAAGGAAGAUUUGGGGUGCCAAGCUGCCCACUAAACAGUAUAAGGCGCAGAGGAUAGCCCUUCCGAGGAAGCUGUUGACGUCGGAGAUAGAUAUAGACUCGUAUGUGGAGAGGACCAGGCCGGCACCAGUACCGCCGCCAGCGUGUCGACGUCAGAGGAGCAAAAGAUUUUUUAAGUAA